AUGAGUAACGCAGGAGUAGGGACUGCAUUUUGUCGAGAUUCCAUGUUAUCAUUGCGAGAUAAUGGGUCACAUGGUCACUAUAAAAGCCACCGCUCUGCCUACUCCAGUAUCAGAUAUUUCCCCAGCGAAACAUCCGACUCUUACUUAACAUGGGCAAGGAAAGGACCAGCGUCAACAUGGCCGUCGUCGGCUACUACUAGACCUUCUUUCAGCAGAUGGACGGCUAGUACAAGACGGACAUACCCGGCUUCUGUACACGGACACGCUCUGGACACGGACUAUACGAUGCUAAGCUCUCCCGGACUAUACCUCAACUUGAUUAGUUAUUUAUUUGUAGACCUGCUUUAAUAACAUAAAUAAAAAUUUCCCACUAUAA